CCGAGCAAAACAGAUGCUUGGGCCUUGGGACCUUGGGUGACUGGUUCCUUGGUCGCUUUGUAGAAAGAAGAAAGAAUGAACGACAAAACCCAACAGAGUUCUUGAAGCAGAAUACUAUAGGGGGCAUUAUGGGUUUCACUCUCUGUCGGAGCCCGGUAAAGGAAUCUUCGUUGCAGAGGUUUUUGAACUUCGGGUGGAAUAUAAAACCUCAGUUGAAGAGAAGACCUUAUGUGGAAGUCUCUGCGUUCUCUUACCAGAAGUUUGUUGGCUUCGCUUUGGAAGAAACAAAACGACGAACCCAUUUGGUUCCUUCGCCUUUACAGGAGAAAUUCAAUUCCAUGAAGGCCAUGGAUGGAAAAACAGAGCUACAGAUGCUAGCUUUUCAAGCUCCCAAGAUCAGACUCCUUCGCAGUCUUAGUAUUGAAGAGAGUGAAACAAUGCAGGUUUUGGAUCUUGCUGUUUUACCUGAACCUGAGUUUGAUCUACCUAUAUUUUGUGCCAACUUUUUCACCGCAGCUAACAUGAAUAUAGUUGUCUUGGACCUUAAUCCUCUGUAUGAUGUUAUGAGUCACAGUGAUUACAAACAGAAGUACUACAAAAAUUUAAUGCCUCUUGGUCUCCAGUAUACCAAUAUUUUACCAUGGGGAGGGAAGAUUACAAGUGAGUCAUUGAGAUUUUUCUCACCAAUUGUGAUAUGGACCAAGUUCACAUCAAGCCAAGACAAACAUAAUAUUUUAUAUUCUGCAUUCAUGGACUACUACAAGGCGUGGCUUGAAUUGAUGGACCAAGCAUCAGAGGAGAUGGAUGCUUCUCAGGUUGUCUGUAAUCGUGAAGCACAGCAUAAAUAUCUAUCAUGGAGAGCAGAGAAGGACCCAGGUCAUCAACUUCUGAAGAAGUUGAUUGGAGAGAGUCAUGCGAAGGAUUUGAUCAGAAGCUUCCUUUUCAAUGGAGUUGAUACACUAGGAAGCAAAACAUUUUUGGAUUACUUUCCAGAGUACUGGUGUGAGAAUGGGAGUGUAAACCAGAAGCGCAGUAUGAUUGGGAAGUCCUUUGAAACUCGUCCUUGGGAUACAGGAGGAGAAUUCAUUGGUAAUGAUAUUAGAUAACUGGUCUCAUUUUCUCUGUUUCUCUUAUGUUUAGAAUGUGGAAAAAUCUGUAUCACCUUGUUACAGAUCCCAGUGUAUGAAGUUCGUGUUUCGUUAAUCUCUCUCUGAGUCGAGUUUAGCUUUUCUUUGA